AUGGUCAAACUGGUCUUCAGGGCUUUCGUCCCGUUUCCGCGUUCCACCUGGAUUCAUCCAAACGCACCGGAAGACGGCUUGGAUCGGGUUUGUAAAGUCAUUUGGAGCAGAGCGACUGAGCUCCUGCGCCGAGGCGACCGGUCACCACAGAGUCCGACCAACGAAGCCACUGCCUCCCCUCACAACGAGCCGAGCGGCCGUAGACCUGAGGAGCAGCAGAGGAAAACAAAGGAUUCUGGUUCGAACGAGCAGGACAAGAGGCACAACACUGACUUCACACUUCGUCUCCCUUAUCGCCCGAACCACAGGAAUGAGGAGGAGCAGAAAGAGGCAAUUAAUUUGAGCCUGAGCAGAAAGCAUGAUGAAGAUAAAAUGAAGAACCACGCUAAUUUUAUCCAUCCUUCCACUCAGAUUUCAGGCAGCAGAGCCAAGGAGCGGCAGAAAAAAAUGGAUGAUUUUGUUCUGAGCAAGGACAAGAAGCAACCCCACACUGACUUCAGUCUUCCCAGGCCUCAUCCUUCAGGCUGCAAGCCUCUUGUUGAAAAACCAACACAGAUACUGAGCCCUGCGAUGCAACCGGAGAUAAAAAUCAAGCUGGAGAAUGAUGCAGGAGAUAAUGUCAAGAUUGUCGAAAAUCCCCCCAAUAAAAUGUGCAUCCCUCAAAUUAAGUGAGGAAACCAAAGCACAGAAAAACUCGACUCACAU